CGCCCAGCCCGCCGGUCAGUCGGAGCCCGAGCCCCGCCUGCAGCACAGCGAUGUGCAAGUCCGACGCCGCGGGGACGGUGCUGACGCUGUUGCUGCUGACGGUCGGCUGCUACGCCGGGGUCGCCGUCAACGCCACCGACGAGGCUGGCGCCAGCCAUGACGCCGCCUCCGCCGCCACCAACGCGGCCGUGAACGUGGCCGUGGACGCGCUUCUUGACAGCGCGCUGCAGCGCGCGCUGGCGACCCUCAAGCACCCUGCCAGCCUCCGCGAGCACGUCGGCGAGGCCCUGCGCCUCGAGAAAAGACCCGAGGUGCUGGCCUCCGCCGCCGACUGCGACCUGGCGCUGGCCCGCUGGGCGGAGGGCCUGUACUACACCGAGACGUGGGCGCUGCAGAUGGUGGACUCGAGCUCCAAGUUCGUGACGGGCCUCCUCUACGGCAACCUGGCUGACCUCGGCAACUACGACGAGUGCGUGACUUCAGAGCCCAUCUCCCACAACGCCACGGCGGUCGGCCAGGGCGCCCCGGAGGAAUUCACCGGCAGGUACGCGCUGCCGGCGUUGCAGCUGCUGAAGGCCGUCAACAGCAGCAGCAAGCUUAGUGCUAGCCUGCAGCAGACCCUAGCCAGGACGGCGUCCAGCCAUCAGGUCAGGGAUUCCAAUGGGGAGGAGUACAGCGCACUGGGCAGCGUGAACCUCGCAGUGUGCGUGCCCAGCACGUGCCAGGCUCCGCUGCUCGAGACCGUCUUUAACCACGUCCUGAACCUCGCCAACCCGCUGCUGGAGAAGAAGGGCUACCGCGUGCAGGUCUCGCUCCCCGCCAACUACACGAGCGUGGCGGGCCUGUGGCGCGAGCCCGACACGGGCGACUACACCGUCAUUACGAUUUGCGUGGUACUUCUACUGUUGGUACUAGUGGCGACCAGCAUGGACGUCACGCUCAGUUCGGAAGCUGUGGAGGCUCGCAAGCGAGCUGGUGUGCUGCUGGCAUUUUCUGCCUACACCAACGGGCGGCGCCUCAUGCACGUCGCGCCACCGAGCGACUCGAACUUCACUUGCAUCAACGGCAUCCGCUUCUUCUCCGCGAUGUGGGUCAUUCUGGGCCACCGCUACCGCUGGGCACUCGACAUACCCUACACAAACCUCAUCGUCAUCCCCCAGCGCGUAACCGACAUUUCCGUCAUGAUGAUCGCGAGUGCACCGCUCUCAGUCGACACUUUCUUCCUGAUUGGUGGGCUCGUCAACAGCUACUCCUUUAUGCGCGCCGUCGGACAGAGAAAGAGCUUUAACUUCAUCAUGUACUACGUUCACCGAUACAUCAGGUUAACGCCAGCCUUCGCCAUGAUGGUGGCCAUAACGGCCACUUGGCUGGCGCUGCUGGGCAACGGCCCACUGUGGACCAAGGUGAUGGGCAGCGCGAGCCAGAGCUGUCGUGACAACUGGUGGACCGCGAUGCUGUACGUGGCCAACUACGCCAACGCGAACGACCAGUGCAUGAUGCAGUCGUGGUACCUGAUGGUGGACAUGCAGCUGCACUGGCUGUCACCACUGCUGUUGGUGCCCUUGUGGAAGUGGCGCCGCAUCGGCCUGGGCUGGAUCGGCAUCGUGCUCAUCGCCUCGUGCGCCGUGCCGUUCGCCAUCACCUUCGCCAACCCGCCGCACUUCCGGGCGCCCAUAUCUGUCGAGCUGAGCAAAGCGAGUCAGAGUUUCUUCAUGGCCCACAUGUACUUCCCAACGCAUACACGCUUUACGUCGUAUGUGUUCGGAACCCUGGCCGGCUAUGUCCUCUUCAUCAUCAAGGCUGGCCACGUCAGAUACACGUUGAGCAGUAAAGAAGUAGCGUUAGGCUGGCUGAUGAGCACUGCCAUCUGCCUAACGGUGGUGUUCGGCGCGCAACCGCUGUUCGACGCAAAGAACCACCCCUUCAAUGUGUGGGAGUCGUCCUUCUACCUGGGCUUCUAUAAGCUUGCCUGGUCCGUCGGUAUCACUUGGGUUGUGUUGGCCUGCAUCCUGGGCCGAGGAGGCCCUGUUAAUGCCUUUCUUUCGUGGACGCCGUUCACCAUCAUGGGCCGCCUGACGUACGGCAUCUACCUGGCGCACGCUGCCAUCCAGAUCGUGGACGUGUCAAGCAACCGGUCGGCCGAGUACUACACCGACUUUAAGAUGGUGGAACAUAUGCUGUCAGACGCUACCCUUGCCUCUUUCUUUGGGUUGGUGCUCUGCCUGACGUUGGAGUCGCCCAUCAUGGCGAUCGAGAAGGCACUACGUACGGGUGGCUCGAAGAGGAGCAAACCAAGGAAGCAAGAGAAAGACGUCCCUACCAAUGGAGGUGUCGACAACUCUGGUUUUAUCGGGGACGCCGACAGCGGGAGGACGCAUGGCGAUGGAAAGGCAAGCAGCAGCAACCCCAUCGCACACGUUUCCGUUGAGGCCUCCACGACAGGGGCCACGUCCACUGACGACAACGAGUCGGAAAACGGGAAGUCUGUCGUGGGGCCGUUGGGGACCGCACUGGCAGUGUGAUGGAAAAAAAUCGGUGAAAAUCGUUUUAAAAAACCGAGCGUUUAAAACCUACGUCAUCUACACUGUUAUUCAAGGAAUGUGACGUCACACUCGUUUCAAUGUAAAACGUGUCAAAUUUGUUUGAAUAUUGUGUCACAUUCAUUUAAACGUGACAUCAGGUGAAUUGAUGCUCUAAUGGCGCCAGGCUUGGCUGAUUCACGUUUAAACGAAUACGACACAACAUUCAAAUGAACGUGACACGAUUCACAUUAAAACGAAUGUGACGUCACAUUCGUUAAAUAACAGUGUUCGCAACCUCAGUCAAACGAUCAGCACAUUUGUGCUUUCAGAAGUAUAUCAGUUGUCGCCUUUCGAACCAAAGACGUAUUAUGCAGCCAAGAACUAUGUUAAUACUUUUUCCCAGUGAGCAACAAAUAAUUUAUUGAUAUUUAAAAUGUCGGUAUAAAGUUUCCCGGUAGACGUCUGGUGAAACUUGAGGCCUGUAUUUAUGAAACCAUUUUUAUAAGAUUUAUUGGAUGUUCAUCGACAGUUUGACUUGGAACUCACUGCGAUUAGCAUCUCGUACAACCUGCUUGUGAUAUUACAUGUGUAAAAAUAUUUAAAACCCCUUGUACAGAUAAAAUAAGAUACUUUUCUCCA